AUGAACAAAGGAAAGGAGAAAUCAAAUCCAAAGAGCCCCGGCAUCUUUGAGGAGCGGGACGAGUGUGCCGUUGAUGUGGCAAGCCAUGACCGUCUCGAUUCCUCCCACAUACUUCCCGCCGACAAAAACCGCCGGAACCACCUGCUGCCGCCGGCCGCCGCCGGCGAGGCGGAGGAGGAGGGCGUGGAUCUCUGCUCCGGAGGGGUCGCGGUCAAGCUCGACGACGGCCGGACCCACGCCAAGGCCAAGGAGCAGCUGCUUGACCACAUGGCACAUGCAGCAGCCACUAACGGUGAACACCACCACGGCGUUCCGGCGGACGAGGAGGCCGACCUUCUCCAGCGCCGCGUCCACGUUCACCGGCGCCGCCGACAGGUCCCCGGCGGCGACCGGCGGCGGCGGCGGCUGCACGUCCUUGGCUACUUGCAUUUUUGUGAUGGGCGAGUUGUUUGA